AUGGUUUACUACUUCACAUCUAACGUUGUUGAGCCGGCCGCGUUCAUUUAUGUCGGCAGGGACAAGGAGGAAAAUGAGGACUUGAUAAAAUAUGGACUGGAGAGUGAUGUCUGGGUUCGUACACCCCCGCGUUCCCAACAAUCCGCCAUUCUCGGAUGCCAAAGUUGGGAAAAUAUCCCCCAGGACUUGCUCGAAGAUUGCGCGCAACUCACAAAGGCCAACUCUAUUGAAGGAAACAAAAAGGAUAAUGUAACGAUCAUAUAUACGCCAUGGUCAAAUCUAUUAAAGACGGCUUCGAUGGCGACCGGCCAGGUCUCUUUCCACAACCCGAAGUUGACCCGGAAAAUAUUUGUCCCUGCACGCCAGAAUCCAAUCGUAAACCGACUAAAUAAGACUAAAAUUGAGAAGUUUCCCGAUCUCAGAGCUGAAAAGGAAGAAUAUCUUUCGAAAAUUAGGAGAGAAGAGCGAAAGCGAAGAGAGGAGAAACGUGCCACUGAGAAGAGAGAACGCAAAGAGAGGGAAGAGCUGAAGUGGCAAAAGGAACAUGCCUACGAUGACUUAAUGAACGAAGAGAACGUUCAGCAAAGCAGCAACCAGAAUCGUGACGAAAGCUAUCUGGAUGAUUUUAUGUGAUAGGGGCUAUACCAGCAAAUUAUUUUCCUUGUGGCUUUUCUCAACCGCCUCAUCCUCGUGCAAUGUCGGAGGAGCGAAAGUUGAAUAACCGCAUUUCGAAAUGGAUGUAUGCAAGACCACCGGGCAGUUUUUCAAUCUAGAGCCCUCUACUCUAGGGCUAC